UCUUGUUCUGUGUGAACAUGAAGCGGUACAAGUGAUGAUGCUGCAGGAUUUCAUAAUUGUAUCUUCCCAGCAGCAGCACUGCAGGUGUUCUCCAUGUCCAACAUGUGUGUAAGCCAGGUCCUUAGUCAACUUAAAGUUGCGCACAUUUUUCCUCCAAGUUUUCUUUCAUAAAUCCCAAAGUUUGUGUGGAAAGUUGCUUACGCAGUUUUCCGACCCCGUUUUGUGUGUAAGCUAGCUUGAUAAAUGAGGCCCUAGGUCCUGCUGGGUCAACUGACCCAUUCUACCCCGUAAGCGACCCAAACCAGCACCUCGGAUUAAUCUCAAUGAAUCAUUUGAGAAGGUCAGCGAUAUUAAGUCACAUUGAGGCGUUUCUUCUCCUCCUCACAAGGUUAGAACACCUGAAUGGAGUGGCUCCGCCCCCUGAGGUGCUGAUCUUUGUAAUCUGUUUAUCUGUGCUCUUCAGCCACUGUAGCUAAUCUGCAUGGGGACAUUGGGUAAUACCCUUACAUAACGUUUCAUCUCUGCUACAGCCUGCAGCUGAAUUUCACAGAAAUAAAACGUCUUUCUCAUGGCUCAGGUGUUAUUCCCGUAUAAGGUCAUAAUGUUCUGGUCACCCAGAGCUGCCGAUGUUCCCCACGUUUUAUGGUUUAUAUUGAUUUAAGGCAGACCUCAAUUCAAAAAGGAUUACAGAUGAUGAUACAGUCCUAACCUUCGUCCUCUGGAGAAGCAGGAGGGCGGGGGGUGAGGAGGUGUGGCCUGGGGCAUCAGGAGCCCCCCCACCUGUUCUGUGUGUACUCAGAGUUCAUCCCUCUGUUGGAGGGAAGCAGGCGGAGUCGAUGAUGUUUUUGUUCCAUCUUGUAAUGGAGUGGUUUGGUUCUGGUUCCUUCGGGGCCAAAAGGAGAACCUGCUUCUAUUUUUAAUGGAUCAGAAACAUUUGGAUGUGAAGAAAUAAUCCGGAUUCUCGAAAUGCCCGGAGACCAGUACCAGGUGACCCGUCUGAAGCUCUCUCACAGCCUCUGCAGUCUGACAGAGAGCUCCGACGGAGGCCCCGAGGACGAGGGGGGCGGCUCGCUGCACCUCACGCCUCUGCAGAAGCUCACCACGGCGCUGUGCAAAGAUGAGAAAACCAUCAAGGAGCUGAUCAUCGGCCGCAGGGUGGGCUUCUACAAGGUCCGAGGGGAGAUCGGCUACGGGACCUUCUCCAGGGUCAAACUGGCUUUUCACGCGCUGACCAAAGACAAAGUGGCCCUGAAAAUCCUGGACCGGAUGCGACUGGACACUCAGGCUCAGCGCCUGCUUUCCCGGGAGAUCAGCAGCAUGGAGUCCCUACAGCAUCCCAACGUUGUCCGUCUGUACGAGGUCGUGGAGACGCCCAGCCGCCUCUUCUUGGUGAUGGAGUACGCCAGCGGAGGAGACCUCCACAACCGGAUCUGCACCGAGGGAAAACUGUCCGACAACAGCAGCAAAAUCACCUUCGCCCAAAUCCUCUCUGCCGUCAAAUACAUGCACAACAUGAACAUCAUCCACCGGGACCUGAAGGCGGAGAACGUUCUGUUCACCAGCAGCGGUUGUGUGAAAGUAGCAGACUUUGGGUUCAGCACCCAGGUGACAAACCGCAGCAGCGCCCUCGACACCUUCUGCGGGUCGCCGCCCUACGCCGCUCCAGAGCUCUUCAGGGAUGAGAGCUACCUGGGACCACCCGUAGACGUGUGGGCCAUGGGCGUCCUGCUGUUCUUCAUGGUGACCGGGUCCAUGCCAUUCCGGGCCGAUACCAUGGGCAAACUGCGGCGCUGCAUCAUCGAAGGCAGCUACACUCUCCCCCCGUGGGUACCGGGCCCCUGCCAGAAACUCAUCAGGGGCAUCCUGAAGUCCGUCCCCGCCGAGCGCUACGCCAUCGACCAGAUGCUUGGCUGUGAUUGGCUCUUACCUGUGGAGUUUCCCUGGUCGUUGGUGCCUCCAGAACCAUCAAGUCCUCUGCAGAGCCUGCUGGAGUCGGAGCACGAGAGCCUAGAGGAGGAGGUGGAGGAAGAGGUCCGGGGCUCGCUGGAGGAGCUGGGUUUUCGUGCUGAGCACCUACAUAACAAUCUGCUGAGUGACAGCCGCAGCCCCGUCACCGGGGUCUACCGGAUCCUGCUGCACCGAGCCCAGAAGAGCAGGGGCAGCGACUCGCUACCGGUGGUCCGAGGGAUGGUCCGGGACCCCAAGCGGGAGGGGCUUCGGGCCUACCGGGGCCUCAGGCACACCUCCAAGUUCUGUGUGCUGUCAUAACCCCAUCAAACGCUUUCAUGGAUGGUUUUAUACAGAUUAGAGUUUCUCGCUGAAUCGAACAGACUUUAUUUUUUACUUUAUUCUGACAGAAAUAGCCCAACGUUUAUGUAAAAGUGCCUGAUGAAAUAAAACCAAGAUAAGAAACACGUUCAUGAUUCAGUUCCAGGUGAUUUAGGUUCCUCCACCACGAAUCCAGCAGGUGUUUAAAAAAGGAUUUUCACCUAAUUAAGCAAAAUGUGUAGAAACAGGAUCUGUGAUGAAAAUAAACGCUUCAUUUGAGUUUGUUUGUUAUGAAGCUGCUUGUCUGCUCCCAUCAGCCGGUUUCAGCCGGAUUAAAGUUGAUCUUCACCAAGAUCUGGAAGUGUUCAGACCACACACACACACACGUGUCUGUUUACCAACAGUUUCACCGUGACUGUGAGUAAACACAGAACAGCAGCUGGUAGG